AUGGAAAACCAUGAAGGAUUGUUUAAAAUGUUGGUAUUAGAGUUAUGUCAAUUGAGGGACUUCAAAUCAUUUUAUCAAGAAAUAACUAAUAAUUUAUUUAGAAAUAUGUGGCAAAAUACGCUUAAAUAUAAAGAGCAAAGCAUGAAUUAUAGUAUUUAUCUAUUUUUUGAAAAAUUGCAUAACGAUAAUAUUAUUUACAGAAAAAUUGGUAGUAUCUUUUAUAAUUAUGGUGGGUUUCAUGUCGGCUUGGAGAUAGAUGGAAUUGUAGUAGAAUGGGGCUAUGGUCUUGCAGGGCCUAGUAUUGUGUAUCCAAAACCAGAUCUUAGAAAAAUGCUUGCGUAUAUGCGGUUAAAUUACGAGAAAAUAGAGAAAUUAGAUUCUGGAUUUAAGUUGUCCAAAGUGCUGCUACCUAUUGGAGUCGUAGCUGGAGUUGGUCUCGAGGUAAUUGGAGUAAUGGGUGCAGCGAUUGGAGCCAAGAUUGCAAUUGCAGCCGUAAUUGGUGUGAUUAUACAUUUAUUAAUUAUGAUUACUUUAUAUUGUUCAUAUAAACCAAUUUAUUACCUAGGAGAAAUAACUAAGAAUAGAUUGCACCUCAUUGCUGAGAAAUGUGUUCAAUAUAACCAAACUCAUCAUUAUUCGCUUUUACUUAGCUGCCAGCAUUUUGUGGAUGAUAUUUUAAGAUCUAUUGACAUAAAAUUCAAGCCAGAAGGGGAAUUUCUUGAAUUCAUGAAUAGAAUCAGAUAUCAUGGCGAUGGUUCGUUCCAAUUUAAGGGCUUUAAAUUUGAAUCAAGAAAGGACUUUGAUAGUUAUGUAGAUGCACAUUGGGAUAGCAUCAAAAAUGAAUGGGAUAAAAAAUUACUUAUAUGUCACUCAGAUGUGAUGGAAAAUUUAUACCAGCGUGGAGAAGAUAUAUGGGGUCCUAAAAAUC